CUUAGCAGUGCGCAUGCGCACUGACCGGACCAACCGGAAAUUUACGCCUGUACCGCUAUCUGAGCAUAGGAAACAACAUAUCGGACGGCGCAUGUCGGAUUGUAUUGCUGAUUAGAAAUAUGUUACUUAAAUGAACUUAGCAAACAGUUCUUGGCAUUUCGGUAUUUCCCCAUUCAAGCAGAUAGGAGUUGAUUUUGCAUGAGCAAAACAGCGGCCCGGAGGCGAUUAAAAUAUGGCCACCGAGUGAACUGAGUUCACAAGAAACGGACUUUAACUACAGUGACACCAGAGAGCAGAUGAACGGGUCGGUCGGGCCAAUGCGAGUGUUGGUGACGGGCGGCAGUGGGCUGGUGGGGCGAGCGAUAGAGCGGGUGGUGAAAAAGGAGGGCGAAGAGAGAGAAGGAGAAGAAUGGAUAUUCCUGUCAUCCAAAGAGGCCAAUCUUAUGAGCGCUGAAGAGACGAGAGCAGCCUUCGAGAAACAUCAUCCGACGCACGUCAUUCAUUUAGCCGCAAUGGUGGGCGGGCUCUUCAGAAACAUGAGACAGAACCUGGACUUCUGGAGGUAUAAUGUGUUUAUCAAUGACAACGUGCUGCAGGCGGCUCAUGAGUUCGGUGUGGUGAAGGUCGUUUCUUGUCUUUCCACGUGUAUCUUUCCAGAUAAAACCACCUACCCUAUAGAUGAAACCAUGAUCCACAACGGUCCGCCUCAUGAGUCUAAUUUUGGUUAUGCUUUCGCCAAACGCAUGAUUGAUGUCCAGAACAGGGCGUAUUUUCAGCAGUACGGUCUGCGAUACACAGCCGUCAUCCCCACAAAUGUAUUUGGACCCCAUGACAACUUCAACAUUGAUGACGGUCACGUCCUGCCAGGGUUGAUCCACAAGACAUACCUGGCAAAGAAGGAAGGUAAACCUCUGCAGGUCUGGGGUUCGGGUCGCGCUCUGCGGCAGUUCAUCUAUUCUCUGGAUCUGGCUCGUCUGUUUCUGUGGGUUCUGAGGGAGUACGACGAGGUGGAGCCCAUCAUUCUGUCAGUUGAUGGAUGGGAUAAAAACCUCUCUCUUCAGCGCACUACGAUCCCCCGCUACACCUGUCUACUGCCCAUCCUACCAGAUGUGGCUACAUCUGUUUGCGCUACUAGUAAAGCAGACGGUCAGUUCAAGAAAACCGCCAGUAACGCCAAACUACGCAAAUACCUGCCAGACUUCAAGUUCACGCCGUUCAGAGCUGCUGUCAAGGAGACGUGUGAUUGGUUUGUGGCCAAUUAUGACGCCGCCCGUAAAUGAAGAUCUUCACAUCUGAUUGGCUGUGGGGAGCUUGAACACUGUUCGAUGCGGGAACCCGAACAAUGGCUGAUCAAACACCUUGAACAACACUUUAUAAUUUUUACAAAGACAAACUCAUGGAACACUGCCGUCUAAGCCCUCUUUUCAUGUUUAUUUAAAGUUCUUCUUCAAAUAUAUUCAUUUUACAGGAAUGCAACUACUAAAUCUGCACAAUGCUGCGUUUUCAAAUGCAUUUAUUAGAUGCAUAAACUGCUUCAGACAGCACUGCAUGAGCUAGCGGCACCAUCUAGUGGCUACGUGCGGGACAUCCUUUGUAUCUCAACUAAGGUUUAAAGGGGUCAUAUGAUGCGAUUUCAAGUUUUCAUUUCUCUUUGGAGUGUUACAAGC